GACAUUGAUUAUAAUUUCAUAACGCGUACCUCAAUUUUUUUUUUCAUUCUCCGUUGAAUUCAUUUUAACUUCGAUACAAGAAAUUGUCGCAGCUAUAGACUCUAGCAAAUUACCCCAACUGUCAAUCAUAUCUUCCCUCUCUUUCUCCCUCUCUCCCGAUAAUUUUGCAGUAAAUUCGAAAACCGAGGUAUUAUAUAGCUGGUGACCGAUCGAUCGAGACGCAGUCGUGCUUCGGACCUCGCGGAAAGAUGGACGUGGCGUAUCUUAUGAGAUCUGACUACGCGUUCAACAAAAAACUUCUGGCACUCCUAGGACUCUGGCCGACUACACGCUCGAAAUUUCGAGUUGUUCUCUUUUAUUUAUAUUACGUUAGUUAUCUUCUGCUCCAGAUAACGUGGUUUUUCACCCUCGAGUGCGACUUCACUUGCGUAAUGAACGUUCUGCCGACUGUUCUGACGACGGCAUCGGUCUUACUGAAAUAUGUUUUUCAUCAUAAAUACAUGACCACCGUACACGCUCUGUACAUGAUGUUGGAUCUCGACUGGAAUUCCUUCAAGAACGACAAACAGAGUAUCGAGAUUCUUCGAAGAUACGCGACGAUGGCUCACGUUUUGUCGGUAGCAGCCAUGUCUCUCCUGUGUCUCAUCGUCAUCGUUGUCAUGACUUUAUCAUUUUCGAUGUUGUCUAUUCUCCACAUGCCAAAAGAAAAUUGCAGUAGAUUCUGGCAAAGACCAUUCGCCUUGAAACAAUUAGAGAAAACUACGAGCGUCUAUAAUCCUUCUUUCAUUCUUUGCCUCGUUACCCAGUGUACGAGUUCUAUGAUUUGGGUAGCUAUCGAUCUGACUAACUUUGCAUUCCUCGAACACGUGUGCGCACUGUUCAAAAUUGUAAGCUGUCACUUGAAACGUACAACCAACGAAUACGUCAUGAAACUACCGCAAUAUGACGAAACGAAUAUUUACACGAAGAUAAUAUUCGCUGUGUGCGUUCACACGAGAGCGACUGAGUUUUUACAGAUCAUGUGGGACUCGUUCGAAAUGCAUUACUUUUGGACAGUAUUUUGUGGCACCGCCGCUAUGAGCAUGGCCUUCGUGAACUUGUAUACAUCUUUGCAAGCGAAGGAAGACGGACGAGCGAUAAUUUUAAUAUUCUACAAUAUAAUGAGCUUUUCCUGUUACACGGUAUUAGUAACAUUCUUUGGCCAAAGAUUAAUCGAUCAUAGUUCAGACGUCUUCUACGAGACAUACAAUUCGUAUUGGUACAGAAUCCCUCUCAAAGCUCAAAAAAUGUACUUGAUGAUUUUGCUGCGAAGUAUAAAGAGCUGCUCCUUUUCCAUGGGUCAUGUGUUCGUCUCGUCUCUUAAGGGUUUAUGCACGGUAACACGACUCCGUUUUCUCAACAUGUCAAAACGUACGAGCGAACAAAGUGCGCAUUGAAAUUGUUUCCUCUGCGUUUCAGCUAUUAAACACAACAUUUUCGUACUGCACGGUCUUUUAUUCCGCGCAGCAAUAACGUUUCUGCAGAAUUAAUAAAAAAAAAAAAAGGAGAAAGAAAACGAAAAGAAGCCCGAAUCUUUGACCGUGAUGUUAAUACUUCAUACAAUUCAUUGAUGUUUUUUGCACAGCAUGCAAAAUUGCUCUCGAUAUAUAUAUAUAUACAUGUUACUGAUUCUAAUUAUGUUUUCAAAAAUUAAAAGAUUAUUGUGAAUUGUUUUUUCUCAAUAUCUUCAUACCUCCUUUGGGAAGGGGCUAUAUGGCGUUACUUUAUUUUUAUAAGUUGCAACUGAUUCUUAUGGUCUUGAUUCUGAAUGACAUAACUAAAUGAAACAGAUUUUUACUCACAUUUCUGAACAUGCACGAGACGUAGGUUUCUAGUAAAUCCAGUUACACUAGAAGGAAGAGGAGAUGCAAUACGUUUGUCAGACUAAUUGGAACAUGUUUGAAUAAACCAUGAAGAACGAACCACAGCAAAGAACAGAUAUCCAAGUGUGUAUCUGAAAAAAUGUAUGACGCGUCGUUGAUCAAACAGGAAAAUAUUUUCACGAAAAAUGAAGGUAACACACCAUGUAUUUUUGUGGAUCGUCAAGUCAAGUUUCUUUCUUUCUGAUUGUCAGUUUUUAAAUAUUAUUCAAUGAUAUAUAUUGAUCUGAGGCACAACUUUUCAAUAAAUACAAGGCACAAUAUUAUUUCUUUGUAUUAAAUUGUCGUAAUUGUUACAACACGUGUAUUUGUAGUUAUUUGCACUGCCUGAUGAUAGUCGGGACCCUCGUGUUCCUUGUGUCAUAGAAGCUUAUUGAUUUCUAUUACCCUGUCACGUUUCCCCCAUGACAUACAUUUUCACCCUUUCAUGGGAAAUCGAUAUACCCUUGACACGUUGAUGUGUUUCGUU